UAGAACUCAACUCAUUCACCACAUAAAGUAAAGUCACAUUUCUUCAUACCAGCCUUCAAAGAUUCUUCUUUAGAACUCUUUUUUUUUUCCUCUCAUCAAUGGCUUCUUCUGCCAUGUCUCUCCAAUCUGUGUCUAUGACAAAUAUUAACAAUCAAUUUCAUCGAAGCUCUCUUCUUGGUUUCUCUAAAUCCUUUCAGAGUAUUGGUAUCUUAUCUAACGGUCUAAAUUUCUCCUCUAGAUCAAGUUUCACUCCCAAGAAGAACCUCACUCCUACUCAAGCUCUCUCCCAAAACGGGAAUAUCGAAAACUCCAGAAAAAGUAAAGUUCAAGAACUAAGCGUGUACGAGCUCAACGAACUAGAUAGACACAGCCCUAAAAUACUCAAAAACGCCUUCAGCUUAAUGUUCGGUCUCGGCGAUCUUGUCCCAUUCACAAACAAACUCUACACCGGCGAUCUCAAGAAGCGCGUGGGAAUCACCGCCGGUCUCUGCGUCGUGAUCGAACACGUUCCCGAGAAGAACGGUGACAGAUUCGAAGCCACUUACAGCUUCUACUUCGGAGACUACGGCCACUUGUCAGUACAAGGACCGUACUUGACUUACGAGGACUCGUUCUUGGCCAUCACUGGUGGCACAGGAGUCUUCGAAGGUGCGUACGGACAGGUUAAGCUUCAACAGCUUGUGUACCCGACGAAACUGUUCUACACUUUUUACCUUAAAGGGUUGGCUAAUGAUUUGCCUGAGGAGCUUACCGGAACGCCAGUUACGCCGUCUAAGGAUGUGAAGCCGGCGUCGGAAGCUAAGGCGUUGGAGCCCAGUGGAGUUAUAAGCAAUUAUACUGAUUAGUGAAAAUAAUUAAUAGAGACUUUUGUUUACUCAUCAUGUCUAUGUAUAAUAAUAUAUACUUUAUAAAAAAAAAUAUUCUUAUUCUUGAAUAGUCAAUUUUAUCUUU